AUGUUGCUCUUUAACAGCAAGUUAUCAGCUGUUGAUCUGUUGAUCGAUGAAUCAAGUUUUACAGGGGAAUCAGAAGCUUGUAACAAAAGUACUACAACCUUGACAGAAUCUGGGGAUCUGACUUCUCUUCAAAACAUUGCAUUCAUGGGAACCCUGGUACGAUGUGGCAAUGGAAAGGGCAUUGUGAUUGGAACUGGUGAAAACUCUGAGUUUGGAGAAGUAUUUAAAAUGAUGCAAGCUGAAGAGGCUCCAAAGACCCCGUUACAAAAAAGUAUGGACAAGCUAGGAAAACAAUUAUCACUCUUUUCAUUUGCUGUUAUUGGUUUAAUGAUGCUGAUUGGUUGGUUACAAGGGAAGCAUCUCCUUGGCAUGUUUACUAUCGGAGUUAGCCUGGCAGUCGCAGCUAUUCCAGAAGGCCUACCAAUUGUUGUCACGGUAACAUUAGCACUCGGUGUAAUUAGAAUGUCAAAGAAGAAAGUCAUAAUAAAGAAACUCCCUGUUGUAGAAACAUUAGGUUGCUGUAACGUUAUUUGUUCUGAUAAGACUGGCACCCUAACAGCUAAUGAAAUGACUGUAACACGAUUGGUUACAUCAGAUGGAAUACAUGCAGAGGUAACUGGUACAGGAUAUAAUGGAAAUGGCAAUGUACACUUGUCGUCCAAUGGAGAAAUAGUAAAGGCAUUCUCCAAUCUAUCUGUAGGAAAACUGGUUGAAGCUGGAUGUUUAUGCAAUAAUGCUGUCAUCAGAGAAGACACGUUAAUGGGACAACCAACAGAAGGUGCCUUAAUUGCUCUUGCAAUGAAGAUGGACCUUGAUCAUGUUAAGCAGAGCUAUACAAGGAAGAAAGAAUAUCCAUUUAGCUCAGAACAGAAAUGGAUGGCUGUUAAAUGUGUCUACAAGAGUCGGGAAACUGAAGAAAUUUACUUCAUGAAGGGUGCGUAUGAAGGAGUUAUUCAGUACUGCAGCAAUUAUAGCAAUGGUGGCAUGCCUGUGCCCCUCACACCACAACAAAAGACAAUAUACGUCCAACAACAAGCAAAGCUAGGAGCAGAGGGUCUGCGUGUGCUCACACUAGCUGCUGGGUGUGAAUUAGGUGCACUUACUUUCUUGGGAUUGAUUGGCAUCAUUGAUCCACCAAGAACUGAAGUCAAGGGAGCAGUUCAAAUGCUUCAAAGUUCAGGCAUCGCUGUAAAGAUGAUCACUGGAGACUCUAAGGAGACGGCUAUUUCUAUAGGAAAAAGCAUAGACCUUUAUACUGAUGAUAUGGAGGUUAUGUCAGGGGAGCAGCUGGACCAAGUAAAAGAUGAGGAUCUUUCUCUCAUGGUAAUGAAGGUGGCCUUAUUCUUCAGAACAAGUCCAAAGCACAAGCAGAAAAUAGUUAAGGCACUUCAGAGCAACAGUGCAGUGGUGGGAAUGACUGGAGAUGGUGUGAAUGAUGCUGUUGCUCUCAAAUCUGCUGAUAUUGGAAUUGCCAUGAAAGGAACAGGGACUGAUGUCAGUAAAGAAGCAGCAGGCAUGAUUCUGGUGGAUGAUAACUUUUCAUCUAUUUUAUGUGCAAUGGAGGAAGGCAAAGGAAUUUUUUUCAACAUUAAAAAUUUUGUGCGCUUUCAGCUGAGUACAAGUAUUUCAGCAUUGAGCUUGAUUGCUCUUUCUAUUAUAUUUAACCUACCAAAUCCAUUAAAUGCAAUGCAGAUUCUGUGGAUCAACAUCAUUAUGGAUGGACCCCCUGCUCAAAGCUUGGGUGUUGAGCCAGUUGAUGGGGAUGUCAUUAAACGGCCUCCAAGAGAUGUUAAAGAUUCAAUCCUGAAUAAGGGCCUAAUUGUUAAAAUCUUAUUCUCAGCUAUUAUCAUUAUCAGUGGUACCCUCUUCGUAUUCUGGAAAGAGCUUCCAGAGGGGAAAAUUUCCUCAAGGACCACAACCAUGACAUUUACCUGCUUUGUCUUCUUUGAUAUGUUCAACGCUUUAAGUUGUCGCUCACAGACUAAAUCAGUGUUCCAAAUUGGCCUUUUUCGUAAUCAUGUAUUUCUCUAUACCGUACUUGGCUCACUUCUGGGACAAAUGGCUGUCAUUUAUUUCCCACCUCUUCAGAAAAUUUUCCAAACUGAGAACCUCACACCACUUGACUUGCUAUUCUUGGCUGGCUUGGCCUCUUCAGUUUUCUUUGCGUCAGAGGUAUUGAAGUUAAUUGAAAGGUUAUGGUCUUCAGCAACUCAAAGGCAAAAUGGACCCAAGCCAGGAUUAUGACAGUAUUGGAAUGUAACUUAUAUAGGCUGAGCCACAGUGCACUACAGAACUGCACAGCUACACUUUAUCAAGACUGUCAAUGACAAUUGUGAAAUUUAAUAUUGAAGAUGAAAAAAUAGCAAAGUCUGUUUUGUAUAUUGAGAGAUUCCAUUUAAGGAAAUGUUUCUCUUCAGAAUGUACGGAUGCUGUUAAUCAGAAGGAUUCCCUUGUCAUUUCGUCUUGAAAGCUCGCAAAACUGGAUAUUAUACAAAUUCUUGGAGUAGGUUGUGAUGUGCAACAGAGCUUUGCAGCUCUGGAAAUAGAGGGAGAAACACAGGGAAUGUCAUUAGAUGAACUGCACAUUCAGAAGCCAGUACAGUAUGAUGGGUCAAAUGGUCUCCUUCUGGGCUGUAAUAAUUCCAUAAUUCUGUAUAAAUAUUGUAAGUAUUAGUUCUUUGAAUACAGUUUUUCUUACUUGUGGCAGACAUUGUCUACAGCUAUAUAUAAAUCUAAGGCUAGUGAUUAUAGCUUGAUUCCUUUAAGCGAUGGUACAGAACGUAUGACAAUCUGUUGGACUUUUCAAUCUGAUUUCCUUAAUUAGUAAUCACCUUCACUGUAUUAGCUCCGAAUGACUAUGUAUUGUCAAUUAGAUUGUUGAAAACAGGCCUUCAUCAAGCACUUUUUAAAAUAACAAGAGCUUGAGCACAAAUAAUUUUAUGCAAUUUAUACAUAAUUAUGUAAAAGAUUAUUAACAAAUAUCAUCUUUGUUCUUUGAUGUAUGUGGCCUAAUGUAUUUCCUGUUCAGGAAGCUUUUCAAAAAAAGUAGACAUGUAUAAAACAAGUACAAUGUUAAGAAACAACAGUGACACAUUAAUAGCCUGUUUGCAAACAUCCAACAAAACUGAUAGUAGAAAAUUGAAUUUAAAACUUAAAUGAGCAACUACAUCAAAGAAGCUGGGAGCUGGUUUACUAAUGUUCAGUUCAGAGGUUGCAGGAGAUCAACAAGAACAGUCCCAGAGGUUUUCAUGGCACUGUAUUCGUACCUAUUGGUCCUCUUCCAGGAUUUCACAUUGGAAAACCUCACUCAUGCAAAUAGGCGCAGAGAUUCAACAAGCCAUCACAACUGUAGGUGCAACACUUGGAAUUUCAGAACCAUACUGAUCAUGCAGCUUGUGGACCAAGGCUUGAUUUUGCUCCAUGACAAGAAAUAGUCAAACCAGUUGUACCCUGAAUGAGGUGUAGGCAUAGUUCCUCAUGUCAGUUUGUACUAUUUGUUUUCAUUUUGCCAAUGUCAAGCUGCUAUCCAAGUAGAAAGCUUGAGGAAACGUCAGGCUUGGAUUCACAUUUUGUGGCAAUUGAAGAGCUGUAUUUUCCUCUGUAACAGCAAUGUUUAGAAAUUACCCACUGUCUGUCUCAGUAAUGAAAAUCACUUCAUGUACUCAGGAAUUCUGAGAUUGCUUCACAGCCUCCCAGUUGUGAAUAUUAGCAGCAGCCAAAUGGCACUAAAACAAGUUCCCACAAUCUGCAGAAAAUAAAGUCAGUGAAUCUGUCUUGGUAGUGUUGGUUGAGGAAUGUUUAGAUGAUGAGAACUAUUUACUCUUCAAAAGAUCCAUUAGAUCCGUUACCUCCACUUGAAUACAGAGCUGUGUUAAUCGGCAUAAACUCUUGAACCUGUUCUUAGAUCAUGGUUGAUAUAUGACCUACCACCACAUACCUGCUUUUGCCUAAUAUCUAUGAAUAGUUUUGCUCAACAAAUGAUCAAUCCCUAAUUUAAAACUGACCUAACAUCAAUUGCUGUUUGCAGGGGAGUUCCAAACUUUUCAAUCUUUCUUUUGACCGGCUCUCAAUUCCACUAUCAGGUAGUUCUUUCAAAUCUAAAGCACCUUUGAACUCUAUUAGGUCAAGGAUGCUCUUGAACUACAAGUUUUGCUGCAAACUUUGACAUUUUAGCCAUUACAACUUUCAGAUGCAGUUGUAUUGGUAAACUUCAAUAAUACUGUAUUCUUUCACAGAAUUAUUUUUCUGUCCUGCAGCCCUUGAAGACUCUCUUUCAAGUUGCACUACUAUAAUGCUUUACUUCUGGGGCAAUUCCAUAUUCAGGUACAGAGAUAGGGCAAGAAUUGAAGUGUUUACUCUCCCAGCAACUCAUGCUAUGUCUUGACACUAGGAGAUUUUUCACCACUGUUGUGAUGAUCCAACGCAAUUUGCUUGAACUAAAUUCCUCUCCACACUAUUUUAGAAGUCCAAAACGAUAGAUGUUCCAAAUGAUGGUAUUUCUCAUUGUUAGCACAUUUAAUAAAUUAAUAGAUAAAAACAAAGUAAUAAAUUUCCUUAAGAAAACUAUUUUUCCUCAGUAGUUAAUAACCACUGGUGUAACAGACAAAUUAAAAGGAAAUAAAUAAGUAAAACAGGUUUUUUAAAAAAAAACACUGCAGUUAAGUAAGAAAAUUAGAGACAGUCUAUUUUUUAUCAAGG